UCAGAUGCUAUCUUUAAAAAGCAGAGCGGUCAUCGCUGCGAGAGGAAGAGAAGUGAAAAGCUGCAGUUCUGUAACGAGUGGUGGUUCGCAAGGGCGGGCGUCUACACAGUAUCAAUAGUAGAAUCAGCGCCCAACUCCAUAGUCCGUACUGUGCGUAUGUGCAAAUAGAACCCAGCCUGGCAAGCACAUUUCUGCCUUUGUCCAACCCAAUCAAUCCAUAACACAAACACGUCAGGCCUAUAAUAUGCACUUGUACGCGGCUGGCUGCAAUGCGUGGAAGCAGCUAGAAUUCUCACCUCUGAAAAGUUCGACCGAGGAGCCCGACGAUGUCACGUCCUUUACAAGAGUGCUAUCAGACAGCUUCAUAGACGUGCAAUAUGCAUCUUUGACUUACACUAUAGUAAACACCUCUACCGGAUCGAAAUAUGCUGGUUAUUAUGACGAGCCUACUGAGUCCGGACCUCAGCAGCAGGUCCUAUCCUGUACCGCUGCCGUCGCUGGAAAUGGAUUCCUUGCUACAUAUGAUGGGCAUAGUACAGUCACCCAGCGCACUUUACAACUUAAGUUUACCGCGUCAGACAUGAAAGUAUUCUCCGACAUGUACGAUGUCAUCCAAAUUGUAGCCUACGAAACGGGGUUCGUAGCUCUCUCCCUUGAUGGCAAGGUCUGGACGUGGGGAGACGAGCGAUAUGCAGCUACCCUAGGCAGGGAGGUUACUGCGUCCAGCCCUGCAGAAAGUCCAGGCCUCGUAGAGGACUUAGAGGACUUACCUUCAGGCAAGAUCAUCAAGAUUGCAGCUGCUGGUUACAUGGUUCUCGCUCUGACGGAGGGUCAUGAUCUAUAUGCCUGGGGCAGUCACCUAGCCCACCAACCAUUGCUUGAAACUCUGUCAGGUAGUCCUGAACCAGUGGAUGUGGAGGAGAAUGACAUAUCAGAUUUCUCGGUUGGUGACACGCACAUCAUUGUGCUAACUGUAAAGGGCGACGUGUAUACUAUUGGCGACAACACCAAUGGCCAACUGGGAUUGUCAUUGCAAAAGACCACGAAGUGGAGCAAAGUCCCCCGGUCUUUUUGGGGAGAGGCUAUUGUGGGAGUCAAAGCAGGGCCGCGAAGCUCGUUUAUCGUGACAAAUAAUGCUCAUCAUGCCUAACAAGGCCGUCUUCGUCCUCUAUGAUGUUGGUCUAUGGUACAUGUGAGGCUGCGUGA